AUGGCUGAGGGCAAUCAUAGCACGGUGACCCAGUUCAUCCUCCUGGGGCUGACAGAUCGUCAGGGCUACAGAUACCCCUCUUCAUGGUGUUCCUCGGUGAUCUAUGUUCCGCUGGUGGGGAAUCUUGGGAUGAUUGUGUUGAUCAGAGUUGAUCCCGACUCCAUACCCCAUGUACUUUUUCCUGGUAACCUGACUGUUGUUGACCUCUUCUACUCCUCAGUCUUCGCUCCAGGGAUGCUGGUGAAUUUCUUAGUGAGGUGUAAAAGCAUUUCUUACUCUGGCUGUAUUGCCCAACACUUCUCUUUUGUCGUGUUUGUGACCACAGAAGGGUUCCUGCUGGCAGUGAUGGCGUAUGACCGCUAUGUAGCCAUCUGUAACCCUCUGCUCUGCACUGCUGUUAUGUCUAAAAGAGUCUGUAUUCAUCUAGUGGCCAUCUCAUAUGUAGGGGGGCUCGUGAACUCACUGACCCACACAUGUGGCUUGCUGAGGUUGUCAUUCUGUGGUCCCAACGUCAUCAAUCAUUACUUUUGUGACACUAACGCAUUGCUGAAGCUCGCCUGCUCUGAUCACCACAUCAGUGAGAUUUUGCUUGUAACAUUCUCUGGGGUUAUUGCCAUGUCCACCCUCCUGCUUGUCAUAAUCUCUUAUCUGUACAUCCUCUUCUCCAUCCUGAGGAUCCGCUCUGUCAAGGGCAGGCGUAAAGACUUCUCCACCUGUGCCUCUCAUCUGACAGUUGUCACCAUGUUCUAUGGACCGGUCAGCUUGAGCCACAUACAACCCAGUUCCAGCUACUCACUGGAACAGGAGAAAAUCUCUGCUGUGUUUUAUACCCUGCUGACCCCCAUGUUGAACCCCCUGAUCUACAGCCUGAGGAACAAGGAGGUUAAGGAUGCUCUUAAGAGGGUGAUAGACUGGAAAAAUAUUCUCAGCUAA